AUGUCGCUCAUAGCACAGUGCAAGCCGCGGGCAUUAAGAGCCUCACGGCCAGUGCAAGUAUACCGGUCGACCUCAUCCGACCCGUACGUCAACCUGUCGAUCGAGCACUUCCUGCUGCAGCGCACGCACGCCGCAGCGACGGUACUCUUCCAGUACGUGAACCGGCCGUGCGUCGUCGUCGGCCGCAACCAGAACCCGUGGCUGGAGGCGAACCUGCAGCAGGUGCGGCGGGGCCUUGGCCCCGAUGAACCCGUGCCAGUGGACCUCGUGCGGCGGCGGUCGGGCGGCGGCGCCGUGUUCCACGACGCCGGCAACGUCAACUGGGCCGUCGUGUGCCCAGCCGCCGCCUUCGACCGCGACCGCCACGCCGAGAUGGUCGUGCGCGCGCUGCAGGCGCUCUCUCCCGGCACCGGCACCCCGCGCGUCAACGCGCGCCACGACAUCGUCCUCGACACCCCCGGCAGCGGCGGCGGCUCGUUCAAGAUCUCUGGCUCCGCGUACAAGCUGACGCGGCUGCGCGCGCUGCACCACGGCACGUGCCUGCUGGCGUCGCCGCACCUGGGCGCCAUCUCGGCGCUGCUGCGGUCGCCGGCCGCGCCGUUCGUCAAGGCGCGCGGCGUCGAGAGCGUGCGGUCGCCCGUGCGCAACGCCGGCGCCGACCCCGGGGCUUUCAUGGCGGCCGUGGUAGCCAAGUUCCGCCACAUGUAUGGCGAUGCGGGGGACGAGGUCAUGGUCGGCGCGGACGCGCUGGACGCGGUGCCUGAGAUCAGGGCCGGUGUUGCUGAGUUGAUGUCUCCGGAAUGGAUCUACGACCAGACGCCGCAGUUCACCUUGUCGUCCCACCCGACCGACGACGACCCGCGCCCGCGGCCCGCGCUCCCCCCCAACCUUCCGCCGAACCUACGCAUCCACCUGACGGUGCGGCACGGCGAGAUUCAGACAGCCGCCGUGUCCGGGCUGCGGUACGUGGCCCUGUCCCGCGCAGACGAGUCGGCGGCCCACGACGCCGCGCUGAGCACAUCGCUGGCGGGGCAGCGGCUGCACGACAUCCGCGACUGGCACGCGGUGCUGGAGAGGGCGGCGCCGGUGAGCGCGGCGGACCGGCUGCACGUGGGCGGGUGGCUCAACGGCAUGUUUGGGCUUGAGACGAGUGCGUAG